UGUAUCUAUAUUAAUGUAAGCAACAUUCAGUUGCUGACUAUCCCUAAAUAGUUAAAUUUUGGAUAAACUGGAGGUUGUUUGUGAAAAAAUGUACUGGACUCAGCUCUUGGGUGAAUGUCAGACUGGACCAGCCGAUAGAGUUGAGAUUGCGGUUGAGAACGUCAAGGGUACCUUUUCACGUACAUAAGAGAAACCUAAACCAUUUCGAAACAGACUGAUUAAGAAUUUGGCCUACGAUUACGUUGUUAAGAUCGCUGACCAUCAGAUUUUCAGAACAUUCUGUCCUAGAAACCAGUCAGCUGUAUAUUGGAGGAAGACGUACAUUCAUCGAUCACAAAACAACAAACAGAACAUUCUGUCCUAGAAACCAGUCAGCUGUAUAUUGGAGGGAGACCUACAUUCAUCGAUCACAAAACAACAAACAGAACAUUCUGUCCUAGAAACCAGUCAGCUGUAUAUUAGAGGGAGACCUACAUUCAUCGAUCACAAAACAACAAACAGAACAUUCUGUCCUAGAAACCAGUCAACUGUAUAUUGGAGGGAGACCUACAUUCAUCGAUCACAAAACAACAAACAGAACAUUCUGUCCUAGAAACCAGUCAGCUGUAUAUUGGAGGAAGACCUACAUUCAUCGAUCACAAAACAACAAAUAAAAGCUGUUAUAGAAAGUGAUUCAAGAUUGUCUUACGCCAUUUGACUGUAACGUCCAAGAUAUUAGGUGUUUCCUCCUUUGUUUUAACAACCACGCUGCCGCCAGUACUCGAUUCCACAUCCGUAUCUUCGGGAAUUUCACAGUCAGGACCAAAGAUCCGGUCAGAGUGUUGGACGUCGUAAAACUUGUUUUAUAUUAGGUACAAAAAGCAACCAUUUUCGAUUAAAAAAAUACAUAUUACUGAUGAAAGAACACAAUUAUUGAGACUGAAUGCAAAGCGGAAUUGAAUAUAUAUAUAAAGUUUAUUUACAGUUCACUGUUAAACUUAACUAAAAAAACCCCAACAACCCCCCCCCCCCCCAGUAAUGAGUUUAUCUAAACUUUUAAUGCAAUCGCAACUGAGGUAAGGGGAGACAACUCAGACCAGACGAAGUGGGGCUGCUAUGGACAGCGAUGUGGAAGUUGAUGGCGGGGUCUGUUUGACCGAGAGGUCUAAUCAGAUAGGCACGUGCAGGCAUAAACCAAAAUGGCCUCAAUACAAGGACUACGUGUCAAGGAUGGAUUCCUUCGUGGACUGGCCUCGUAAAUAUGUCACACAGACGCCCCACAGCUUGGCAUCAAGUGGUUUAUUUUACAUUGGGUCCGCAGAUCGUGUAACGUGUUUUGACUGUGGCAUCACAAUCAGGAACUGGGAACCAGAGCAAGAUCCAUAUGUUGAACAUUUGAGACUCUCCCCCGACUGUAGAUAUGUUAGUUCUUUGAGCAGAAACGAUCCCAGUAACAGUGCCCAAGUAACAUCUUCUUCUUCGUCUACUACUACUUCUUCAAGUAACAACGAGUCGUCAGACCCUUCACACGGCACAACACAACCCACAGGAGCAUCAUGUACAACAGUGUUUGACCCCAACAACAAAACUGUACAGACAGUCAUAGAAAUGGGAUUUUCUGAAGAGCACGUGAAAACAGUGAUCAUUGCAAACAACAAGGACAGUGUUCUUGGUAUCGUAGAGGCAAUAAUGUUGCUGAACACGAAACAGAAAGACAACAUUUUCAAUGCAGAGAAAACAGAUUUACAAAAAAACGACGAAUCCAAAGUGUCAGGACAAACGUUUUACGACGUCCAACACUCUGACCGGAUCUUUGGUCCUGACAGUGAAAUUUCCGAAGAUACGGAUGUGGAAUCGAGUACUGGCGGCAGCGUGGUUGUUAAAACAAAGGAGGAAAACUCAAGGUUGAAGCUUCAGCGCAUGUGCAGACGGUGUAGAAGAGAAGAAGCAGUAAUGUUGUGUCUCCCCUGCGGUCACAUACCAAGUUGUCUAGCGUGCAUUGAGAAAACUAACACGUGUUUUGUGUGUGAUGCGAAAAUAGAAGGAACUGUGCGCACUUAUUUGUCGUAAAGAACGACAAUAUAAAGUAGAUCAUUAACAGUAUUUAUACAAAUUUAAUGCUAUAACUUAGAACCAAUCAGGACUGUAGCUGCUUUUACUCCGUAGGCAAUUUUACCCAAUUACCAUUAUCUCUUUGAAUCUAUAUUCUUUUUAACUUUGCUGUGAUUUUUUAAAAGUGGACAAAGACUUGUUUUAAGCCAUAUAUCUUAAUAACCUUUUACCUGUAAUUAACAGUACUUGCAAAAAUAACCAGUUUUAUAAAUUGCUACCAGGCAAA